AUGCAAGACUUCGGCAACAACCAGCUGCCGCUGCUGGACGCCUGCGGCGCUCACUUCGGGCCAACGCCCGAGAGCUCGAGCAACGUGUACCACUACCACGUGCAAGACCAGGCGCCUUUCACGGUGGGUUGCUACGGGCCCUCGGCCUCCAACGGCCUGGUGUCGGUGGCGGAGUGCCGGGCCUUGUACCACAAGUGCGACAACGACGGGGGUGCUGGGAGCGCCAUCGAGACCAAUGAAGGCACCGUGAUCUAUGACAAGUUCUGCCCUUGCUGGGACGGCGCGGGGUCCAAUAUGGGCACCAACAUCGUGGAGCUUCCCGCGCUUAGCACCUCCGCCAUCUCCUACACCGCAGGCAACACCACCGCCGGCGCUUGGGGCUCUAUUUCCAGCGCCAGCAUGCGAAUGCCGAAGCUUUUUGGCCUGACGGCGAUCGUUUGCGCCCUGAACUAUGUGUACCUUCAGGACGGAGACUCGGACCAGGUCUUUGAAGAGGAGGAGGUGAUGUCGGCAACGAUCAGCAGAAGGCGCGGCGGUUCCACAAGGACAGAGGCGCUGGAGAGCGUGAUGAAGUACCAGAGAGAGGAGGAAAUGAUGGUGUUGAAGAAUCGCCAGCUCGAGGAGGUCCAGGAGGCUGCUGCAGCAGUGAUCUUGCGACUUGCUGCAGGACCGGUUCAGGGCGCGGCCCUGCCACAAGCCAGCGCGGCCCAGGAAGUCUUGGGGGACGGUGCUCCGCUGCAGGGGCGCGCCCACCAGACAGGCCAGGUCAGCGAAGCAGGGCGCCAGACCAAGCGCCCGCGGCCGCAUCCAGAGAUCCACAGCGCGCGGCAGCUGUUUGAGACUCUGGACCAAGAGACGCGCGGCUACGUGACCGUGGACCAGGUGGUGGCAGACUGGCCCGGUGAGCCUGACCGUCAGCAGCUUCUGCUGCUGAGUGGUGGCACUGGACGUCUUGCCUGGCCGGACUUCCGAGCUGCGGUGCGGCUCUGGCGCAGCCUGCCGUCCCACCGUCCUCCACGGUUGAGGAGGUACCUGCUGCAGUCCUGCGCUGAGAACUCCUGCGGCACCUGGGCCGCGCUGUGCGCUGCCGAGGCGACCUGCUUCGCGGCCCAUGCGGUGGAGCAGACAGACUGGGCGCCGUUGGUUUCUUUGGGCGCCUUCGGGUGCUUGCUGGGCCUGGUGCCGCUGGACAGCAGCAGCACUGACCCCAAGCUGGACCGCAACGACUCUGGGCCCAAGCCCAUGGUGAACCUAGGACCCUCCGGGCGCUUCUGCGUGUAUCUCGGCGCGAGCGCUUCACUCGGGGUGACGCUAGCGCCUGCUGCUCCGCUGCUGGCUGCAACGAUCGGCGACCCCAAAUCGCAUGGGCAUGGGCCGUUGGCCCUUUGUGCCCUGAGCGGCGUGCAGCUCGCAGGCUUCUCUGCUGCUCUCUAUGCCCUGCCUCGUGCCAAGGACGACGAGGGCCCUGGGCACCGGCGGCUGGGCUGCGCCUUCGCGUGUCUCUGCGGGGCGGUGAGCGCGAUGGGGUUGGGCCUCUUGGCGACGCGGCUGGGGGAUCGCCCGGGGGCGCGUUUGCCGAUGCUGGCGGCCAGCGGUUUGCUGCUGCUGCAGAAUCUCUGCACCUGCGAACUGGCGCUGCGCGCCUUUGGCAGUGGCCGGCCUGAGCCGCUGAGGCCAGCGCUCGCGCCUGCGCUGGGCGUUUUGGCAACAUUGCCAUUGGACUGA